CCCCACCCCGCUAAACCCCCCUCCAGCAACCUCAGGCAUCGGCCUCGAACUCGCCUCCCAACUCCUCUCCCUCGGCACCUACCACGUCCUCCUCGGCAGCCGCUCCCCCUCAAAAGGCACCGCCGCCCUCUCGACCCUAACAUCCCAGAACCCUCCGGGCUCCGUCGAGCUCCUGCACCUGGACGUCACGGACGAUGCCACCAUCGCUGCCGCCGCCGCGAGCGUGGGGCAGACCCACGGAAGACUAGACAUGCUGGUCAACAACGCGGCCAUCAGCGCCAUGGGCGAGGAUCUGAGCUUGAGGGCGCAGCUGAGCCGCGCGUUUGAUUCCAACGCCACGGGGCCCGCCGUCGUCGCGAGCACCUUCCUGCCGCUGCUGAAGAAGUCGACGUGCGAGACGAGGAGAAUCGUAAACGUCUCGUCUGGCGCGGGCUCGAUUUCGAGACGUCUGGAUCCUGCUUCUGCCAUGUACAAAAUGGCUGGCGGCUGGCAGUACCGCGCGAGUAAGGCGGCGCUCAAUAUGCUGAAUGCAUGUAUGAGGUCGAGUACGCCGAGUUUGGGAUCGACGUCUUGGCGUUUGAUCCCGGAUUUACGGUCAGUGGGUUGAGCGGGCAUAAUACGAGGGAGCGAGGGGCGAGGGAGGUGGGGGAGAGCGUGAGACCGCUUGUCGAGUUGGUUGAGGGGGGUAGGGAUGGGGAGGAUGGGUUGUUGCAUAAUGAUGGGAGUUAUGGUUGGUAGCGUUGUGAAGAGCGGACGAGACCAGAUCGCGGAAAGGAGACGAACAACCCAGGAGUCCGAGU